GAAUUGUCUCCCUUGAAAAUUGCACUCGUCGAUAAAGCUGACAUUCUGUACACACACACGGUAUCCGGAACGGACAAGUGCGGACGAGGGAAGACCAUUAGACUACACUCGAAGCCGGCAAGGAGCGAAAAACAUCAAAUCAUGCCUCUUCUUGUUGGUGAGCACUUAGUCGAAGAUGAUGUGACCAGCAUAGAUGCUUUCUUAAACAAAUUCUGUAACCUUAAGGCAUCAUCAAAGCUCCUCUGCAAUCAAACAACAUGUUCUGUUGGACCAAAUGAAUUACUGUAUGUUGGACAACGGGAGAUUGGUGGAACUUCACCUUCAGAUGAUGUGAUAUCAGUUCUUGGCAGCGAAGAUGCCACAACUUGUCACAUUGUUGUGCUACAACAUUCUGGCUCAAGGGCUUCCUGUAUUGGUCAUUUUGAUGGAUGUAACAGCAAACAAGGAUUAGAGAAUAUGCUGGAGCUUGUACUAAAGUUGUCCAAGGACAAACCAGAAGGCCAACUCAAUCUGCACCUUAUUGGAGGGUUUGAAGAUGUCAAGGGAUUAUCUCAUCCAUUGUCCUUAGAAUUACUGAAUACACUGAGAUUGUUCAGGGAAAAUAUUCAUCUUCAGACAGCGUGUAUAGCAGAAAUCAACACUAGACAAGUGAAUGGAGUGCCCUUUCCAGUUGUGUAUGGAGUAGGUGUUGAUAUCAAAUCAGGCGAGAUCUAUAAGGCCACAUUUUUGGACAAGGGUCCUGAUUUGCCUCUGCGUGGGGCACGAACUUUUACUGGGACAAAAGAGAUGAUGAUCAUAUAUGACCCAAUGACACAACUGAUGUCAAUAGAACCAUUUUCAUACCAACAGAUGUCGAAUAUGGACUACUGGUGUAAUGCCACUGAUCACACCAUCAGACAGAAUCUAUCAACAUCUCCUGAUCAGGAGCCAAAGAACUUUGCAAUUCAUGUGAGAGAGUGUCUACAACAGAUACGAGACCAUCCUCAUCCACUCUUGACUAUGUUCAAAAAUGGAAAACCACGAUGUUACAAGAAAGAUGUGUCAGGCAUCUGGACUUUCAUAUGCUGAAAUCUAUUGGCAGAAUUACAAACUGCCUGUUGAACAUACUGACUGAUUCAGGAGAUAGUAUUUUGUGAAUUAUCGCAUGUUUUAUGACUAAGUGAAUUCAAGCAAAUUAAUUACCUAAUCAUUAGAACUGAGAGGGAAUACUUUUAUACAUAUAGCGAAGUAGAAAAUCCUUUUUCAAAAUGUUUCCGUGGAUAUGUGUACCACAUUCUUAAUAUGAGUAGACCAUUGAUUGGGUUGUUGACAUCAAUGAGAAAAUGAAGAGAUGAUAUUAGUAUUUUCUAUACCAUUUCUCAGGCAAUACACAGAUGAAAAAUAAAAACAUCAAUCAUUUUAUA